CAUUUCUAAUAUUUUAUAAGUGUAAAUGCUACGAAUAUAGUCAUCGUGAAUUUUCAAUCGAAUCGUGUUUGUUUCGUUUGGCACCUAUUGUUCCAAACAUCGAACAAAUUGAAAAUUUUAAAGCUUUAUUACGAAAAUGAAUGAUUGUAUUGGCAUGUCUUGUUUCAUUAUGGACUGUCCUUGUAAAUGCGUUAUAUUUGAUCACAGAUAACAUAGAACUCACAGUUAGUCAUGCUUUGUUAAAUAAAUAAAUAAAAGCAUUUUCUUGUAUUCCCACGUUCUUAUAUAUGUACUCAAAAACGAUUGUUUGAAUGGAAAAUUCAUAAACCCGGAAUUUAAAUUAUAAUAAAUUAGUAAAAGCGAAAUCAAAUUUAAGUGAAAGACUCAACGUCCUCAAAACUAUACACUGUCACCGAAAGGCGCUGGAUAGGAACCGGUGGAAAUAGUCCUCUCUAGGUGCUUCCUUACUGACCACUACGCCGAUGCAUAAGCUACGAAUGGAAAGAGAGAAUCGGUAAAGUCUUUAAAAUAGCAACAAACUUGAUUUAUUCUUUCUGUCAUAUGUAUUAACACAGAGCGUUUCCUUUUGCAUACCUGCUGUUACUGCGGCUAAAGCUCUUGUUAGUCUCGUCAGCUCAUGCUUUAAAGAAAUUCAUAAAAGAAUUCUCAAUUGAUAUUAAAACCUGUACAAGAGCAAAGAAAUGUAGUCUUUUGCGUCCAAAAAAAAAUCAAAAGCGGAACGCUAACCCAACCCUCAGAUUGAGAGUCAAAACUUAGCGCUCGAUGUCAAAACUGAAUUUUAAACCCAAAAAAUUAAAAACAAAAAAUUAUAAGCUGAAAUUUCCAUAAUUAAGUUAACAAUACAUUUACUGUAUAGAUUAAUGUCACGGUAUCUUCAUUAGUUUUAUUCUAGCUUCUCAGAUCGUGUCUUGCAAGUGUCCGUAUAUAAAAAUCUCAUUUUUUUAUCAAGCUUUAGUAAAAUUUAGCGGUGGCAAUGUCAUUUUCAUUUCGGCAUUGAAUUGUCUGAAAAUCGAUAUAAUGUUAAUUGAAACAACACACCUAUGCUAUGCCUCGUAUAAACAUGUACAAGCUUUGCAAUUUACGAUCCGUGAAUACAUCGGUUUUCCUCGCUCGUGAAAUACAGAUGUCGAGUUUAAUAUCUUCCACAAAUUUAUACCUUGUUACUCAUUCUUAAGGCCUGGAAUAACAUUUCUCGGUUAGAUUAUAUAGAUAUCUUUAUUUCUUUAAUGUGCUGUUUUCUACCUAGAAAAGGAAUGUUUACAUACCCCGAAUAUAAACCUACCUGGAGUCGGUUUCCCGAAUCUAAGGAAUAAAUAAACUGUUUCUCAGUUAAAACGAAAAGCGUUUGAAAUUUAAAACUAGCUUUUGUAAACGAAAUGUCCGACGCUGAGCACAAAAUGGAACGAUUCAAGAAUCGUAUUAUAAGACUUCAAGAGAAAAUACUUGAUCGAGUUGAAGAUAUAACGGACCAAGUGCAAAAUAAAAUAGAGAAAUCAAAAUUAUCAAAGUUCGUUUCUCACUUGUCUGAAGAAAGAAGUUCAAUUGAGGAUGCCACAGACAAAGAUAGUAUAGGCAAGUCUUCCAUUGAUUCUAAAUAUAGUCAAAACUCAGACAGUAUUCCAUCUGUGAUUAUAGACGAACCUAGUGUUAAUGCAGACCCUAAAGAUAUUUGCAAAGACUUUUUGACUGUGGAAAAGCAUGGGGUUUUGUAUAGGAGAUGUCGAUCGGCUACAAAUUUAAAUAUGGAAGAUGAUUCCAGUUUUCGUAGUUCUAGUGAAUCUUGUUUCUCUUGUUUGGAUUCUAGUGACGAGCGAAUCACAGAAAUAAGACCGAGAGCGGGCAGCCUUCCAGGACAAAAUUCAGAUAUAGCCUUUGCUAUCAACACCUGCACAGAUUUUAUUGAAAAAAUCGGAAAUCGAUUUCCCCGUCUAAAGAACCGAGGCGAUAGAAUACAUAGGUAUCUUUUAAAAAACACACGGCUUAGUGACGUCAACAAAAGGUUAAAAGCGCAAAUAUGGAGUUCUGUGGUCACCAUUGUUCUAGUGGAAGCCAAGAAUCUUCCCGCGAUGGACAUAGACACAAGAUCCAGUGAUCCUUACUGCAAGUUUAGGUUAGGUAACGAAAAAUACAAGAGUAAAGUGGUCUGGAAAUCAUUGCAUCCCUCGUGGCUCGAGCAAUUUGACCUGCACCUUUAUGACGACCAAGAGCAAAUAUUGGAGGUGACGGUUUGGGAUAAGGAUAAACAGACGAAAGAUGAUUUUUUGGGGCGAUGUACAAUAGACUUAUCAAAGUUAGAAAGAGAGAAAACGCACAAUAUACGGAAGGACUUGGAAGAUGGAAAUGGACAGAUUUUUCUUCUUCUUACCAUAAGUGGCACUACUCAAUCUGAGACCAUUACAGACUUAGCGACGUACAAAGAAAAUCCUAGAGAUAUUUUAAAUAUUGAAAAAAGAUAUGCGUGGUUCCGCCUUAAUGAGCACUCUAGCGGUGUUGGUUGGCUCUGCGUUAAAGUCUAUGGAGCUAAGGGUCUGGCUGCAGCCGAUUUAGGGGGUAAAUCUGACCCAUUCUGUGUUGUAGAACUUGGCAAUGCCAGACUCCAAACCCACACAGAGUAUAAGACUUUGACCCCGAAUUGGAUGAAGAUCUUUACAUUUACAGUCAAGGACAUGAGUUCGAUUUUAGAAAUAACGGUUUACGAUGAAGACCAUGACCACAAAGUCGAGUUUUUGGGUAAACUGGCAAUACCAGUAUUAAACAUACGAAAUGGGGAGAAACGAUGGUUCGCGUUGAAAGACAAGAAAAUGCGGGGUAGAGCGAAGGGAAAUUUUCCACAAAUACUUUUAGAGAUGUCGGUGAUAUGGAAUCCGUUAAAAGCAGCCAUAAGAGUUGUAAAUCCAAAAGAGCCUAAAUACAUGCACCAAGAAGCAAAAUUCAAACGACAAUUAUUUAUAAGAAACGUAAUGCGGCUCAAAGCUAUUAUAAUGUGGUUUAUUGAAAUUGGAAAAAUAUUGCAAGACUGUUUCGAAUGGGAAUCGCGAAUUUGCUCUUUUAUUGGUCUUCUCGCGUGGCUCGUCUUUUGCUACUAUUACGAAAUGUGGAUGGUACCAUUGUUUCUACUUUUAUUCUUCGCGAGGAACUGGCUAAUUUACCGAUUAACAGAACAAAUAAAAACCUACAAAAAUCCUUGGGCGUGUUUAAAAAGAUUCGUUUCUGGUAGUGGCAAUCCUCUUCUCGCUCCUGUAGAUGAUGAUGAUUUAUUGGCUGAAGAAGACGAUGAGGAGGAAGUUGAUAAGGAAGAAAAAAAAUCAUUGAAAGAGCGUCUUCAAGCUAUACAAGAAGUAACGCAAACUGUACAAAAUGCUAUUGGUUAUGUCGCUUCCUUAGGAGAGGCUGUUAAAAACCUAAUGAACUUCACAGUACCCUAUCUAAGUUAUAUAGCGAUAAUAAUGCUGGCUGCAGCGAUGUUGGUGUUAUAUAUGAUACCAUUGAGAUAUUUACUUAUGGCUUGGGGUAUAAACAAGUUUACAAGAAAAAUCUUACGACCUCACACAAUACCGAACAAUGAAGUUUUAGAUCUAUUAUCUAGAGUACCGGAUGAUGAAAUAUUAUUAGAUAUACGAGAACUAAAACCGCAUCCUACCAGCGAACGCCGGGACGCAAGAAAAAAGCACAAAACUUCGUAACAUUCACUGAAAAUUCGUGAAAGAAUCAAGAACUAUAUCGGAUCAGAAUAGACUAGUAUCGAAUCGUUACAUAUAACCUUACGUUAAAAGCAUUCAUUGGGUAUAUAGUUGGAAAUGGGAAAAGAAUAUAAUAAAACGGUCAGACAAAGUUGGUAAGAUUUCAGGUUCAAACUCUGGGCUUUUCUAUACUAAAGGGCCAAAAUAUAAGUAGCAUGUAAAUUUGGAUGUUUUUUGUUAUGAAUAUAACAAAUCCGAGUUUAUUGUAAUAGGUAUAUUUAAAUGUGAAAACUGCCGAAUAAAUAAUUUACCAUAUACCUAAUAAUUACAUAAACCGUUGUAGUUCUCAUUGCCAUAACACAGAAGGGUGAUUUUUGGCUUACUUUAAAUCAAUAAUAUUCCAUUAUGGUAACAUAACGUCAUAAGAUUUCGAACAAAAAACAACAUUUCUCAAUUCUAUUAAAAUCCUAUAAUAUCCAAAUGAAUUGAUACAAUUUCAAUAUAUAUUAAAAUUAUUGAAGUUAUACUUCUUUUGGCGCGAUGGAGAAAAAUGAUGAGAGUGAAUUUUUACGUUGCGCGCGCACACCGACACCUGAAUUCUACAUCGUUAAGUUAGGUCUAGGUGGCGUGAAAAUCUAUAACUAUGUUCAGUUGUGUAUUCUAGUAUUUUUAUAUUUAGAACAAGUAUUUCGUAACAGUACAAUUAAAUAGUGGGAAUAAAUAAAUAUUACUUUGGUGUUUUUA